AUGGAUACCCGAGCUGAAAAAUUAUCCAAGGCUCGUAGGAAGUUAAAGGAUCACCAAGAAAAGAAGACGCAUAAAGAGCAUAAUGAUACAGUACAGUACAGUGAAAAAAAUGAACCAACUCAUAUGGUCCAAAAUAUUCCUAGCACUGCAAUAUACCCCUUAGAAUUUACAAUAGAACCAACAUCUGCUAGUGAUGAAAACAAAAGUAUUGUUUCUGAAUCAUUUCAAACAAAUACCAUUAAAAUAGACAGUAAUUUACAUAAUGAAAAAGUAAAUGAAUAUUUCAUUUACAAUCAAAAUUCUUUAGAAAAUGAAGUAAGAGCUUUACAACAGAAAUUAUCUGCAUAUGAAACUAUGUAUGCAGAUGAAAAGGCUAAUCACCACAUAUCUAAACAAAAUAUAUCUACACUUGAGUGGGAAAUUAAGAAUUGUAAGGAUAACUUAUUAAUAUUAAAUCAAGAUUCAAAUAAAAAAGAUGAAGUUAUUUUGGAGUUAACAACCUAUAAUCAGACUUUAAGGACUGAAAAUAAUAAUUUAUUGGAACAGUUAGAAUUAACCAAGUCAAUAAUUUCUUCUAAAGAGUCAGACAAUGCUCAUCUUCUGAACCAAGUCAAUUUAUAUUUAAAUCAGUUGGAAGUUACUCAACUGCAGUUGCAGCAAUUAUCUAGUGAUGCUACAGUUAAUGUUAACAGCAACUCAAAUAAAGAGGAGUUGGAGCAAUUACAUCAAAAAAUUGACACGUUAAACAAAAAAAUCACAAGUCUUCAACAAGAAAAAGAUAAUAUAGUAUCACACUAUCAACAUUACCUAACAGAUUUAAAAGAACAACUUAAUACUAGUAAACUGAAAAAUGAGCAGUUAUCAAAGGAAGUUGAAAUGCUUUCUGACCGCGAGAGUGGCCUCAUUGAGCAAAUAGGGGAUAUGGAGAUACGAAUGCAGAAGUUUAACAAAAAAGAUUAUGAGAUGGAAACACAAGUUGAUACAUCUGAAUUGCAAAAGCAACUACUAUUGCUACAGAAAGAUUUGGAAGUAAAUAAAAAACAAUAUAAGGAACUUUUUGAUCAGUAUCAAGCUAGUGUUAUAAAAAUAGAAGAGCUUCAAGAAAAUAAGUUGCGUGACAAUCAGGAGACAAUAAGUGUAGCGAAACUUACUGCAGACAUGACCAGUGAUAAAAUAGCAGCCCAAAGAGCUACUGAGCAGAAUCUUAAAUUAAAAACUGAUAUCAAAGAUCUUGAAGAGGUUGUUAUUAAAAUGACAAAAGACAAACUAGAGUUAACUGAAAUUUUAACUCAUGAGAAAAGUUUAAGUAAAGAGCUUAUGUUAAAACUGGCUGAUAUUGAAGAAAAAGGCAAGAGUAUGCAAAAUAAUCUAAAGGCAAAAGAUGAAGAAAUGAUAAGACUUCAAAGUGAAUGGCGAGAACUUGCAAAGAAAUACAAUGACUCUUUACAAAAACAAUCAGUAGCAUCUGUAGGUGCAGAAUCACCUGUAGAGAGUAAUAAUCAUACUCAACAUGUAAAUGAAUCAAGUCCCAUAGAAGAUAAUAAUAAUGGUUUUAGUUCACCAACUGAGUCAUUGAAAUCAGUUAAUGUGAAUCCACAUAUUGACACACUUUGUGAAGUAAGUAAUCGUAUUCCUAAAGAAGAUGCUAUGUGCAAACUUCAAGAACGGUUUAUGUGCAUAAUGGAUGAAGUUGCUAAUCUGUCUGAUGAAAAACAUAGAUUAGAACAUAUUAUACUUCAGCUACAGAACGAAACUGAUACUAUAUGUGAAUAUGUUGCACUCUACCAACAACAGAGAAGUUUGUUGAAGAAGAGAGAUGAAGAUAGAAUUCAUCAACUCGAAAUUUUUGAGAAGGAAUGUAAUGAGUUAAGGGAUCUUUUAGGUGAACUGCGAGAACUUUUAUUCAGAUUGGCUGAGGAUAAAGAAAUAUCGGGUUAUUUGAAAACAGAGUCAAGGUUAAAUGACAUGGCGAGAAUUCGAGAACUCCUGGAAGAUUUGCAAAAUAGUUCAUUACUAAAUAAGAAGUUUAAGACAAUGGAUUUGAGCAACUUUUAUCCCUGUAGCUGUUGUUCAGGAAAACUUAUAGAAGUUUAA